UUGUUUCCUUGUUCCAUGUCUUGCAGGCAGAAGGAAACAGGAACCGAUCACAGGAAGCCGCUGCCCAGGAAAGGGAUUCCUUUGCCCAGCAUGGAGCCCGCUGGCACCCCCGAGGAUGUGCAUGUCCUGGUGGAAUAUGGGUUUCAGUACAUGGAUAAGGGUGGCUGCUUCAUUUCCAUAAAGCCCAACGAGAGGUACAUCCUGCUGAAGAGAACCACUGACCACUGGUGGCACGUUAAAAAAAAUAAGGACAGCAAGCCAUUCUACAUCCCAGCACAGUACGUGAAGGAGCUGCCUCCAAUCACCCAACCCAAAAACUUCUAUGACCAUCCUGCUGAGGAGUCUGGAAAGCCCAGCUCUGGGCAGACGGAGGAGAGUGCUGUCCUGGAGCCCACCAGGGCCAGUCCAGAGCAGCCUUUGCAAUAUAAAUACAAAUUUGUGGGCACUGCUCAGCAAACCACGAAUAUAAAUGAACCCAGUGGUCUCUCUGGCUCUGUAUUUUUGGGGUCUGUGAUGCCAGCUGGAAAAAAUACCUCCUUGUUAGGGAAGACUCUGCCUCAAGUUGCUGAAGAGACAAAAGUUUCCCCCCCUGUGCUGAGUUCAUUUCAAACAAACCACGAAUAUAAAUGA